UACCUACUAGACUUUUUCUAAAUUUAAACCAUAAAUAGGUUACAAUUCAUAAUUACAUUAAUAAUCAACUUCAUACUGUCAUUUACAACUUUAAAUUUUUUUACUUUUAUUGAUAUGUUUAUAUAAGUGAGUAAAACCAUUGAGUAUAUACAUACUUAAAAUUUACAAUUAUUCAUUACUAUGGGUCGCAUAGGUGUUAUAAAAUGGGAAAAAGCUAUGCAAUGUCGCCCUGUACAUAAUAUUAUCUCAUCUGAUUUUCCCAAAUAUAAUCCUCAACCUUGGAAAUUCAUGGAAGGAAAAUCGCGAAUCGAAUGGCUGUUAUCCUAUGAGUAUCAAAGAAUGUGGAUGGAGGAGAGAGAAGCGUGGAAAAAAAGAAUGUACCCGGAAAAUACCACAGUCAAUGUAGAUGUGGUGAAACGUUAUGUAUUAACUUUCAAAACUAAUCAUCAACCACCAAAACAGGAAAAAAAGAAACCGUUUAAAAUUAAAAAAUUUCAAGGAGUAGGAAGCAAGACUGACAAUAAACGGCCUCCAAAUGACAAAGCAAUAAAUUUUGAAAAAGAAAAGCAUAAUUAAUAACCAUAAAUAUUGAUAAAGAUCCAAUCAAUGCUCUUACAUUUUAUUGUGUCUAAUAUUGUUCCUGAAUGAUGUAAACUAAAAAAGAGGAUGUGUGUUGGCAGGACUGGGUUAUAAUAGCAGUUUUAUAAAGGAAUUAUAAUACGAUUCAUUACGUACACCAAAUCGAGUUUAAAAAGCAUCCCACGCUCACCGAGGACAAUGGAACACCAGUAACAGAAUUAAAAAAAAUUUUGAAAGAGCUUGUAAAUAUAUCUAUUUGAAUAAAGAUUAUUUCUAUUCUAUGGUAGAUGCCAUGAAGUUUCUUAAUUAAAAUGAGUUAUGGAAAAUAAAUUUUAUGAUUCGUGUAA